GUAGUGGCUAACAAGGCAAGACGGGGAGGGGAAGACUAGCCCGAGAGGCCAUUUCCACUUCGGUUUGGAGGCCGCUUGGACCUUUUGCCUAGGAAUUUGUUUGCGGGAGUCCAAGGAGCCCAGGCUUCCAGAAUCCGCUGCAGGUGGGGAAGGUGAAUUGCAGAUUUCCCUUGUAGACUGAAGAUCUUUUUCCCCCUCCUCUUUCCCUCAUGCCCGCCCCCAGCCUUUCAAAAGGGGGUGGGGCUAUCUCCAAAUAUGUAAAUUUACAAGAGCUGACUACGGGCUGGGGCACCAGCCAAGGUUUUCGGGAAGCCCAAGGGUGUUUUACAUUAAAAUGUGAAGCUUGACAGGAUCAGGGCUCUAACUUUAGACAGCUUCUUGAUUAGCAUGAGACUGGGUGGCUGCUGGCUUUCCUGCCCUUCAGUAGCCAUUCUGCAGAGAAGCAAUAGCCACUUAGUAGGGCAUUGACUUUGGAGGCAUUGAAAGGAGCCAGGAGGCUGGGAUCUCUUGGCAGCCAUGGCUCCCGGAGCCGCCGGAGCUCGUAGGUAGGAGAAAAAAUGCACAAGUAUGUGAGAAACCUGUGCGUACCCGCGGCGCACACGCAGAAGCAGCCUUAGCGCCAGCGCACGGGAAGGAUGCAGGAGGAGCUCCGGUCCUGGUGACGACCUUCUCUGUCUGCUGGUGGGUGGAUUCCUUCCACAGGAGCACGACUGCCGCAGCUGCUGUUGCUUGCGGACCCUGCCUAGAGCCUGUGUGUGUGUGUGUGUGCAUGUGCGUGUGUGAGGGAGCCGCGCGCGCGCACACACACAAACACAUACACACACUCAUUCUCUCCUGUGAGCGAGCGACAGGGGCUGCUGGAAGGAAGCACCCCCACUGCUGACUGCGGCGGAGACCGGAUCCAGCCUGCUUCAUUGAUUGCGGCUCCAGCCUCCCGUAGGUGAAAGGGAAAACAACUUGGAGACUUGUCAUCUGAAAAGCCACCUCCUAAUCCUUCUUGCCAGAGAGGAGCCCAUCCGAGCGCAGCUUCCUGGGCGCCCUGUCUCAGGUCAAAACCAAAGGCCUUCGUUUUUUUCUUUUCCUCUCCACCCCCCACCCCCAUUUGUUUGGGUCUUUUGUGCCCCCGGCUCACAGUUGGUUAAGCACUCCUUUGCUGAAUUGAGCUAUUGUCUGAGACCCCAUCGCCUUUCUCGCUGCAGAUCUUUGCUCCUCCAACCCCCCAACCUCUUUUCCCCCCACCCCACCCCCUCCUCCUCCUCGUUUUGGCUGGGAAAGCCUUCCUAAUGUGCCUUUCCUCCACAUGAAUCUGGAAGCUAUAAGCUGGACUGAUUGCAAAUGAAGUGUAAUGCAUUGUGGGACGUGUGUAAAAUUGGAUCAUUCGAGGUGGGGGUGUGUGGGAAGGAACGGACCUGCAGUGUGUUUUAUAGAGGAGGAGGAGGAGGAGGAGGAAGAGGAGGAAGAGGUGGUGGUGGUGGAGGUGGUGAAGGUGGAGGUGGUGGAGGUGGUGGAGGCGGCGGCGGCGGUAGCAGCAGCGGUGGGAAAAUGUUUGCAGAAUCUACCCAGGCUGGGCUUGCAGCAGCCUGAUGAACCAAGGGACAGCCGCGCGCUGGCUCCAGGCUGCAGCUCGCCCAGGUUCCUGCAGUAUUGAGACAGUAGCAGGUUAGUCCGCCUCCAAAAUGAAGAAGACCCGGAGUACAACCUUACGGCGAGCCUGGCCUAGUUCAGAUUUCUCUGACCGGGCCUCAGACCGCAUGAGAUCCCGCAGUGAAAAGGACUAUCGAUUGCACAAACGUUUCCCACCGGCCUUUAUCUCCCAGGCAUCACGGGGCUACAUGACAUCAGGUGAUGUCUCUCCAAUCAGCAUGUCUCCCAUUAGUCAAUCUCAGUUUAUUCCACUUGGGGAAAUCCUUUGCUUGGCCAUCUCAGCGAUGAAUUCUGCAAGAAAACCUGUCACACCAGAAGCACUGAUGGAACACCUGACCACUUGCUUUCCAGGUGUUCCAACUCCAAGCCAAGAAAUCCUGAGGCACACGUUGAACAUGCUGGUUCGCGAGAGGAAAAUCUACCCCACUCCAGAUGGCUAUUUUAUUGUGACCCCACAGACUUAUUUUAUUACUCCUUCCCUCAUAAGAACUAAUAGUAAAUGGUAUCAUUUGGAUGAGAGGAUACCUGACAGGACUCAGUGUACCUCUCCACAGCCAGGGACCAUUACACCCUCCACCUCAGGCUGUGUCCGGGACAGAACAUUACCCAAAAACCACUGCGACUCUUGCCAUUGUUGUAGAGAAGACAUGCAUAGCAUGCAUGCAUCUACUUUGCAGAGGAAAGCCGCCAAGGACUGUCCCCCUUCUCUAUGCCAAUUGCCACCCACUGAAAAAAGUAAAAGUACUGUAAAUUUUUCUUAUAAGACAGAAACACUUUCAAAACCUAAAGACAGUGAAAAGCAGUCCAAAAAAUUUGGGCUGAAGUUGUUUAGGCUAAGUUUUAAGAAAGACAAGACAAAACAAUUAACUAAUUUUUCUGCACAGUUUCCCCCAGAGGAGUGGCCUCUGAGGGAUGAGGAGACACCCACUACAAUCCCCAGAGAAGUAGAAAUGGAAAUUAUCAGGCGCAUUAACCCAGAUCUGACCGUCGAAAACGUCAUGAGGCAUACUGCACUAAUGAAGAAACUUGAUGAAGAAAAAGCUCAGAGGAGCAAAACAGGGUCAUCUGCCCACCACAGUGGGAGAAGCAAGAAGGGCAGGAACCAUCGGAAGACGCACGGGAAAACUCGUUCUCACAGCAAGACGCGGGGGUCCAAAGGAGGAGACCCUUCGGAUGGUUCUCAUCUGGAUAUUACGGCGGACCGAGACUACGACUUGGGCGACCCUCUGACUCGGUCGCCGCGGGAAGGCUGCUUCAUCGUUGAACACAAAGGAGAUCAUUUCAUCACGCACAGCCACCCUAACAUGCUGGAGCCUCAUUUUCCCAUGACGCCGGAAUGGGACGUGUCUGGCGAAUUGGCCAAGAGGAGGACCGAGAUGCCUUUUCCUGAACCUUCCCGGGGAAGUUCUCACUCGAAGGUCCAUCGAAGUCACAGCCAUACCCAGGAUCGAAGGUCCAGGAAUGAACGGUCCAAUAAAGCCAAGGAGAGAUCCAGGUCAAUGGAUAAUUCCAAAGGCCCUCUUGGUGCUGUUUCUUUAGGGACCACCGAGGACAUAGCUGAAGGUUGUAGCCAAGAUGAUCCAACGACGCCUAGUCAAUCUUAUACUGAUGAUAGUACUCUAAGGCCUUCUCAGACGGUCAGUCACCCAAGGGCUCACAUUUCAUCCACAAGCUAUAAAGAGGUGUGUAUCCCCGAAGUCAUCAGUGGCAGCAUUGACGCCCCCAAUUCUUGUAGCCUUUCGGAACAGAGCAAACCUCCGGAGAGUUUGCCACCUUAUAAUGAACUCAAUGCCUGUCCCACCAAAACUGCCAUGGAUGAUUAUUUUCAGUGUAACACCUCCAGCGAGACAGUCCUCACUGCUCCAUCACCUUUGGGGAAGAACAAAGAUGAUGCCGACACUCUGACUUUGACCGAUGGGAUGAAGAAACUCUCCUCCUCUGAGAGGCAGCCCCCGCACCCCACCAGAGAACCCGUGGUCCACAAAGAGGAGUCGCCCAAAGGGCCAGGGGGAGGCUUGGCAGCCAUUUCUGGCCCGGCCACGGACUCGCUUGCCAAUGGACGCCUGCUCCCUCACCACAGCACGGAGUCGAUCAGCCUGGAUAAGAUAUUCAGCAAAGAUACGCUGUUCAAACCACUCCAUAGUGCCCUGUCCAUGAACAAUUAUCACAAGCCUACUGUGUCCCUCCUGAAAGCUCACCCACAGACAUCUCCGGAUGCUUUGCCGGGCCGUUGUGAGAUCCUUGAACAGUCCCUGGCAGCCUCGGUGGGCCAAGCUGUGCCCCUCUCCCAACGACAGCAGGAAGCUGGUGGGAACCAGGAAGCUUCCUUUGACUACUACAAUGUCUCUGAUGAUGACGACUCCGAGGAAGGGGCACACAAGAACACAGAAGAGGAGAAGAAUCGGGAUGAUGUGGGGACCAUGCAGUGGCUGCUAGAGAGGGAAAAAGAAAGAGACCUACAGAGAAAAUUUGAAAAGAACCUCACUCUCCUCGCCCCAAAGGAAACCGAGAAUAGCAACAGCCAGAGAGCGACACAUUCUGCUCGGCUGGACAGCAUGGACAGUAGCAGUAUCACUGUGGACAGUGGCUUUAAUUCACCACGUACCCGUGAGAGCCUGGCUUCCAACACUUCCAGCAUUGUUGAAAGUAACCGUCGUCAAAACCCAACCCUGAGCCCCGCGCACAUAGGCGCAGCGCCGGCAUUCAGCUUCCGCACAAGUACAGACCCCUCAGCAAAUGAAGCCGAGAAGUUGCCGAAACCCAAUUGCUUGCAAGCUUCUGUUACUAGUGUGUGAUAGUCAUCCUGCCUCCUCCAAUCUUUUGUCUCAUCCUGUAUGGCGAAGUUUACGACGUUGGGACCGAUGUUUACAUCUUUGGGAAGACAAGCAUCUCCACCACAGUUUUGGUGUUUACUUAAACUGUGCUGCUAAAGUAGGCUAGGACAAAAAAAACAAAAAACUAAAAAAAAAAACCACAAAAAACAAAAAAAAAUCUUAAUUUCCAAGUAUUGUUUUUCACGUUUAUGGCUCUGUAGCAACAGACUAGCCCAGUAGGGGUAAUGUGUAUACUUUUGCUUAACUGAUCAUAACUGAGCACAUAGGUGAGAGUCUAGCCACUGUAGGUGUUAGCUGCAUUUUUUGGUGUCAUGUGGUUGCUAAUUCCAUUGACCAAUGCCACAGAUGUGUGAUGAAGCUCUUAGUCCUUGGUUGAACAGUGCCACAGAACGGAUCCUUGACACUUAUUUCCCCCCAAGCUUAGCCACCACAGAAAGCAUAAAAUAAAAGGCACGGGUCACCAUGAGGAAAAUAGCGCCAAACACUGCUAGAAAGGACCUCAGCCCUUCUCUGUCUGUGAAUUACUUAUACACCCAUCAUUUUCACUGUGAGUUCUCAUGACACUCUUUUUGCAGGAGCCCUUGAAAGUGAGUUAGAAGGGAUUGUGUUCGAAUUACUGGGUGGUAUUUUGUUAUGAGGAUUUUUUUGUGUGUGCGUGUGUUUGGUUUGGGGUAUUUUUUUUGGAGGGGUAUGACUAUAUCAGAUCCUUAUCUGACUCUAAACCUUCCAUAACUACAAAGAGAAUUAUCUAUAGGUCUUUGAAUUUGAAGUGGACAAAGAAAGGGGGAAUUUACCGACUUGGCUUAGCAACAGCACUGAGUGAUGGAAGAGGUAAUUUUUUUUUUCUAAGUAUUAAAUCAUGUAUCUUAGGGAGGUCAUUUUAUUCUUGUGAUACUUAUGAUGUUCCUAGUUUAAUAGAGGAAAUAACUAAUUUGUUUAAAUGAAAAGCAAUUUCUUUGUGAUACAAAUGAAGAGUAUGGCCUGAGGAGUUUAUUUCUUUCUAAUGGAAGGAUAUAAUUCUAUUUUAUGUAGUUUUAAAUAGAAUGCCUAAAUUAGGCUGUGGAAAAUAAUCUUUAGUGGUUAUAUAGAAGAGCAGAUUUAGGGAGAGUUGAACUUCAGGCCUUGGAUUCCUGGAAAGAUGAUUGUGGACAAAUAAAAAUAUGAUCUGAGUGGAGAUAUAUUUGUGCCCAUGGGAUUUCUAGCACGAAGCCCUCAUUCUACAGGUGUGGCAUAUACAUAAUUUGUACUCCCCUAAAAUUUUCCAGAGUAAUUAUGCAUAUAUGAACUAUGCCAGAGUAAUGUUUACAGAUACAUUGGUACCAACUUUCAGGAGUCACUCUUAGGUAGUCUUAUAGAUGUUUUUAGCCCAUAUUGUUCCCACAAAUGGUUUGUUAAUGUUUUGUUUUGGUUUCUAGUUUAAGGCAUUAAAGAUGCCUUUCCACAGUUUAGGGAUUAUUUAUGCAAAAAGAUACCAAAUUUUCUGACUCAAAAUAAGUUGGUCAUUGAAAGUUCCAAGAUUUUUAUUAGAACAGCAAAUGAAAAUGGGUGAAAAUGAUAAAUAAUUUUUAAAAAAUGAUGUGAGAUGCAAGGCAGUGAUAUCUAACAGUACAGAGUUUCUCUUUGUGAUGGAUUUGUUUUGUUUUUGGUCAGCCAGUUAUUAUAAAUGAAUUAAUGCAUUCAACUGUAAAUGUGAAUUGCAGUUGGAGUUCAGAUUUUGUUAGGUAUAACAUUUGUAAAAUACUUCCGUCUUAAUAUCAUAAUUUGAAUCACCAGAAAUCACAGGUAUCUGUGUUGUCGCAUUUUUUACAGUUGUAUACAAUUGGUAGAUUCCUAGAGCCCCCCCCAGUUUGCUUUAGAACCUGAAGCACUGGGGGACUUUGAUUCCUUUGCAAAUAUUUGGGAGACACAUGGGUCAGAUUCCUUAUUUUUGGUAUUAAGAAUUCCUUUUUAUGUUGCAAUUAGACAUUCCAUUGCAUUUCUGAGUAGACUCCUAAACCAAUGGGCCUUCACCCUCAUGCCUUAUUUCCUCUAUGGCAUGCCAUGUCUGCUCAGAAAUGCAUCGUUUCCCUCAUUGUUUAAAUAUGUGAGAAGGAACGAUAAUAUAUCUAAUAGACUCCAGAGUCUGUUUCUUUGGGGAGUUGGAUACCAUACAGUUACUAAAUUUUCCACAAAAAUUCAUUAAAAAAUCUGUUCAUAAGUAAUAGAAAUGUUGGAAUGCUAUGUUAACUUCUGAAAAUAGCCACUGUAAAAAUCAGGUAGUAUAUUAACAGAAAAUGGGAGAAAUCAUUUAUUUAAAAAAAAACUUUUUUAAAUCGAAAAUUGUCAAGCAUUAGACAAAAAGUGAAUAGUGUAAGGAAAUUUAUACACUAUCUAGCCAGAUAAAUGGUGUAUAUAAUUUCAAAAAUCUCUCAUAGACCAGCAGUCAUUAGUAUUGAAAUUAUAGACUUUUAAAAAAUGGAAUGUAAACAGGAGUUUCAAAUAGAAACAUUCUCAUCUGUAGUUAAUUUUUACUCUUGGAAAAAUGUAUUUAAAAUGGGAUCUUAAGGCCAUUCCGUCUUGAGGUUCUUGAAGACCAAUCCCUUGGGCGCCUCUCCAAGAGUUUCUGUUACCAUCAUACUCCUUCCAUGAGAUUAGAGCUUUCUGUUAUGGUUUCUUAUCUGGUCUUCUCUUUUUGUAUAUUGACUGAAAGGUUUACAGAACUGAGUUAGGUGGAAUCUUUCUACGUGUUCAACUUUAAAAGGUCAACACAUCUGUCAGUAUUUUGCACAUUUACUAUGUAUUAUUAUAAUACAACAUGUUACUUUAUGGUAAUUUUUAUUUUCACAUAUAACUACCUCCAUGAAUUCAAUGAAAUGGCAGCAGUGUGUUUGAGGGUAUUAGAAAAGAGCAAGGUUCAAACUUUCUGACGCAUCGGGUCACGAUAUUCUCUCUGUGUGUUGACACUUGUGUUUAAAGUCACCAUUUCCUGUCCCUUCCCCCAUUUCCAUGAUUCCUCUUUACUGUGGCGUUUAGCUUUUCAGAUUCGAUCUUUGUAUUUCUCUUCAAGAAAGCUCAUUUGGCGUUUUUGCUUUUUUUAGGGGUUUUUUGGUUGCUGUAUAGUCUUCCUAUCAAGAAAAAAAAAAUUGAAAAAUUCUUAUCUUUUUCCCAUCCCUGCUAGAAUUUGUUUUUCUGGUAGGUAGUUGGUAAGUAUGAUUUAGCACCUGCUAAAUAUGAUUAGAGUUUUAGGUUUUAUAAGGCAAAGAAUACACACCAGAUAUUUGAACCGCCAACUUUGAAGCACUUUGGGCCCCAAUCUGCCUUCACUUGCAUGCUAACAUAUCGAGUCAAAUUUUCACUUUACUUGAGAGAGCUUUGCUAUACAUUCCAUUCUCACUAUCUGUCUCUGUCUGUUUCUCUCUCCCUGCCUCCUUCCCUCUCCCCCAAUUCCACUCUCCCUCUCUGUCGUUCACUCUCUGUGCUAGACCUUGCAUAACAUGCCAUUUUCUAUAUUGUGCACAUCUCAGGGUACCUUAAUGAGUAGAUUAAGAAGGGGUGCCUCCCUAUCAAGACAUGAGAAAAAGGGCCAGAAGGAAAGUAGCUGGGGGCAAAGAACAAAUCAUCCCUCUCUACUGUAGUGCUUUGAAACUUUGAGAUUUGGCUUUUUUGUCUUAAAAGUCCAGAAAUCGAAAGCUAAGUUGUACAUUAGCUUUUUUUCCAAAUCCCUUUUUUUCUUAACCAGCAUUUAAAAAAAUGGAAGCUCCAAAUGCCAUCCCUUUUUUGUUGGGCACAGUAAAUGGAAAAGAAAGAAAAAAAGGGAAGAAAAUCUACCUGGGGGAUAAACCACUCCUUACCACAAAGUGUACUUGAAAAUAAAGUUUUUAACUUAAAUUAUAGAAAUAUUAAUCAUAAUCAUAACACUUUUCCUAAUGUGUCUCAUUAUAGAUUAUCAAGGCAGCAUUUGGAGCCUCCUCAAAAUUGUGAUUGAUAAGAACUUUGCACACAGUUCACCUUGGAUCUCAAAGUGCUUCCAAAGCAUUCAGAUUCACUAUUGAGAAUCAAACAGAAAAUAGAGGGUGCUUUUUCAUGUAACCCCCAUUUUGGAAAAGAAUGAUCAGGUGAUAAGGCUAGAGAUCACCCUCAGUGAGAGGCAGCUAUCUCUUUUCUAUUGGGUUGAUAGGCCAUCAUGAGAAAGCACUACAUGCAAUAUCCUUUUUCCCCCCUAUAAAGAGAAUAAUGUCAAUUAAUUAUUGUUGAGUAUCAAUUAAAAAAAAAAGAUACGCCAUCCAUUUUUACUUAGAAAUUUCAGGGCUUUUUCUGAAUAUGAAAACAUCCCCAUAGCUUAUAGAGUGUGAGGCAAAACGACAGACAAAUUAAAUGGUGCCCCUCCCCAAAUGUCCCACUUGGACCGAUCCUAGUUCUAGAUGUACUCCCUCAUCUAUGAUUUUUGUAUAAAGCUUUUGCAUCUCCUGUGGCUCAAUGACAUUUUUCAGGAACAAGGCUGCUCUUGGCAGUGGAAGGUGCUGAAUACACAUUUUAAUUAAAAAAAAAUCUUUAUCAAGUACUUUUUAUAGGGCUGAUCGGCACAAAGGAGAUUUAGUACAAUCCAUUUCAGCCUACUCUUUUGAAGGAUCUGGAUUACCAAAGGGAGCUGAUCUUGUUAUAUAUGUCCUCUAAAAUGGGAGGGAUAAAAAUAGCCUUAACAGUGACAUGCUCCUCAAUUAAAACUGGCCAGUCUAUAGAGCUGCCCAAUGUGCUAUCAACCUUGGGAGCGCCCAGAGCACAGCAUUCCCUUUUUUGGCCACCUCCAGUACCAUCUUGCCUGCUUACAGAAGACAGCCUCUACUACUACUACUUCUGUUUGCACGUGGCUCUUCUUUGUAUGUUGGGUUUAGAGGAACCUAAAAUACACUGAAAACCCCCCUGUAUGGUGUUGGGAGACAUUACCUGGCUUUGGUUCAGUAACAUCUUGGGCUGAAUAGAGAUGACUAUCGAAUGCCUUUGCCGAGUGAACAAAUAAAUACUUCCAACUGGCUGGGACCUGACAGUUGACAUUCCCCUUUCUUCCUAAGAAAGCUUUACAGUGUUAAGAAUACAUUCAGUAUUCUUCUUUUUCUGGGAGAUUUUUGUUUGUUUAGAGAUACUUAAGUUUUACCCACUUGAUUUUGGUGAAAUCGGAUUCCAUGGUUAAAUUCCACUUCUACAGUUGAAUGAGGGACUGGAAUCUCCCAGGCUGAGUUAGUUGAAGUUGUCUUUGCAGCAGCAUCCUGACAGACAGGUGCCAUAGCUUUUGCAAAUAAUCUUGGGUCUCUAUAGUUUCUGUAUACUUUGCUGUGGGUCAUUUGGAAAGACUGGAAUUCUAGAAGGCUGAUCUGGGAUUAAACAGUUGGAUUAGAAAUAUGAUUUGGAUGUGAAAAUUAAAUUUUCUUCCUAGAGUUGUAUAUAUACUGUUACAGGGCUUUAAUAUUUUGGCUUGAGAUAUGAACAUCUAUUACCAUGCCAGCUGAAGGCAGGGGACAUUUCCCGAGUGGUGACUGGAGGAGGUGAGGAAACCAUGGAAUUCCAAACUAAUUCCACCCACACCCUGCCUCCCCAUUCCAAGGGCUGACCUCAGUGCCCCUGUUCCUUUAUUGCUCCCACCAAAAAGAGGUACCAAAUCUGGGAUCUUGGGAAGAUCUCACAUGACUUAUAUCCUUUGCAGUUAGAUGAAAGAAUCAUUGAAGUUCACACUCGACAGACCCUUGCCUUCCUGUCACCCUUGUGUUCUGCCCCGUCCCCUUCCAUCACCACCUAGACACUGCUACACCACCACAUGUUGCCACACUGACAUGUGGUAUUGUGCCCACAUGCUGGGGUAGGGGAUAGAGCCACCCUAAGGACACCUCCAUGUAAGUAUGACAGAAAGUGGGUCCUUAGAGUAGUUGGCAUAGCUAUUACUUUAUAGCUGAGACUUCAGUUUAAACACUAACUUUAAGGGAUCAUAAUUCUGCAGGUAUCUUUCCCUGAGUGACUGAAUGUGACUGUUGCAUUAGGUUAAAUGAGUUAAGAAAUGCAAGUGGGAUUUACUGUAUGUUAGAAGGGAGUUUUGCAGCCAAGACUGCCUUGAAUAAAUGUGUUUGCACUGAAAAAAAUUUUUAAAAAUUUACUUGGUCUCUGGUUGCUGUAAAGGUCAUCCAAGAUGGAUGUUCUGUUUAUAUUGUAUAGUAUUUCAUAUGAAAUAAUUACAGCUCAUGAAAUGUCUUCCCUAAUGUUACUGAUUUAUAACAGCACAUUUGUAACAUGGUUUUUAUUGUGUCCGUGUAUCAUAUUGUAAAUGAUGAUUACUUGUCAUGCUUAGUAUAAUAACUUAAAAGGAAAAAAAAAGACAGGGAUUUUUGUAAGUCUAUAUUUGAAAGUCCCUCCACAUGGUAAUAUUGUGUUCAUGUUGUUUAUGUAGUGUCGUGUGAAAUAUCCAUUUUGGAUUGUGUUACUUUUUAAGAUAUUAAAUAACAUUUGGUUAUA